AUGGAUACAGGCUCCAUUUCUGAAGAGAGUGGAGAUGCUGAAAGGAUGCAUUCGACCGCAACAGAAAGACCUCAACAGGAAGCCCCUCAAAGCGAGAUCCCAGAGGUGUCUCUCUGCCCACCUGACAGUGAGACUGCCGAGCCUUACACUGAGCAGAGUGAGACAGCUGCAGACCAGUCCGACAGGUGCAGUGCCCACAAGCCAUCUUCUUCUUCCUCCUCACACCUGUACCACCAAGUGUCCCAGGGCUGUGCCUACCAUUCGCCCCAACCAAAGAGGUGCCAGUGCUGCGAACACCGUCAGCCAAUCAGGGCCAACCCCCACCUCAAUCCUCACCCAAUCAAUUCUAGUCAUCACCAAGGCUGCUCGGCAAACACAGUCAAGACUGGCGCACACAGCUGUAGCCCCUCCCAUCUUCCGUCCUGUUACAAUAAAACGCAGUGCCAUUGGCUGCAAGGAUCACGUGACAACAAUAACCACAAGACUGUUCAGCAUCAUGUGGUAACUGUCAGGAAUGAGGGACUCUACAAGAUACCGAAAAGUUAUGCCCAGGUGAUAGUGGAGUACCCUUUGGCGGCGCUUGUGGCGUUUGCUGCGGUGCUGCUGGGUUGCUCUCUCUCUGGCGUUUUGAUUGGUCCCCUGCCAGACUUCUCUGAUCCAUUACUGGGGUUUGAGCCUCAGGGAACAGAAAUCGGGAUCCGAUUGGCGGCUUGGUCCAAACUACAGCAGAAUACGGGACCAGGAAAAACCUUGUCGUUGCUUCCGCAGCAGGUCAUGGAUAAAGCCGCUGAGAGUAAGGGAAAAGACGCUGAUGGAUCUAGGCAUCACUUCAGGUUACGAUCAAGAAGAAUGCUGGGCCAGGAAUCUACGGACCAUGCUUUUUUCUGUAACACUCCAGGGGAGCGCUAUGCUCAGCUGGUCUUCCGCUCUGAAAACUCUGGCAGUCUCUGGAGUCUAAAGUCAAUCUAUGCCAUGUGUCAGAUGGAGCAGAGGCAGAUACGUUCACAGGCCCAGUUUGAACAGCUCUGCCAAGUUAGAACUGCGCUUGAUGGAUCCAUAGGGGAGUGCUGCCCAAGCUGGUCUCUGGGGAACUACCUAGCUCUUCUCAAUAACGCCUCAUCCUGUUUCAGCCUGACUGCAAAGCACGUGUCCGACAGUUUAAGUUUACUCAGGCACUGUGCUCCGUACUACCACGACGGAAGUCUGAUCGCGUCGUGCGCAGAAAGGGGAAAACUUGGUCGCUGCGCCUCCGUUCCAUUUCGCUGCAAGCAGUCCAGUAUCAUUUUCCAGAUUCUUCACUAUUUGGUGGACAAGGACUUCUUGGGACCACAGACAGUAGAGUAUCAGGUUCCUUCCCUGAAGUAUACUGUUUUAUUUCUACCAGUGGAGAAAGGAGAGGCCUUAAUGGAUAUAUUUCUGGACGAACUGGAGGGUCAUGAGCUUACGUACAACAACAUUACAAUCACAGGAAUGGACCUGGGCAUCAAACAGAGGCUUUUUAAGUACUACUUGGCUCGGGAUUCUGUCUACCCGGUUCUAGCAGUGGUUGCCUUGACGAUCACCAUGGCCAUGUACCUCAGAUCAUUUCUCCUGUCAGUACUGUCGGCGAUAGCAAUCACACUCUCCCUUCUUACGUCUUAUUUCUUCUACACGGUCGCUUUCCAGUUGAUGUUUUUUCCCCUCCUCAACCUUGCUGCGGUUCUGGUCCUUUUGGGAAGCAGUCUGAAUCAAGCGUUCACCUUCAUGGACUUUUGGAAUUCACAACUAACCCACAACCCGCCUGCAUCUCUAGAGAAAAGAAUGAAUCGUGUUUUACAGGAGAUGGGAUACUUGAUAUUAGCGUCAGGCCUUACCUCCAGCGUCACGUUCUUCUCAGGGUACAUCUGCAGCAUCACAGCUGUGAGGUGCUUUGCUGUGUACCUUGGCAUUGCCUCCUUAGUCAACACUCUGUUUGCCCUCGUUUGGCUUCCCUGUGCCCUUAUUUUACGAGAGCGCCAUAUGGUAACAUCCUCAGCCUCCAUUGUUAAGCCAGACUGGAAGGCCUGUUGUGUGAAAAACCCAGGUGGAUUCUGGGAUACAAGUUCAAGAAAACGUUGCCUUUUCACAAUGGGACAGAAGCUGAGGGGGGUCAAACGGGGACUGUCGGAUACGUCCAAGCUGCUCUUCCUAAAGAUCCUUCCGUGUGGAGUGGUUAAAUUUAGAUAUAUUUGGAUCUGCUGGUUUGCAGUGCUAGCGGUAGGUGGAAUGUAUAUAUCGUGCGUAGACCCUGGUAUGAAAUUGCCAACCUCAGACAGCAGAGCAACACAGCUGUUCCGUUCCAGUCACCCCUUUGAAAGAUAUAAUGCAGAGUAUCGGCACCAGUUCAUGUUUGAGAGGGUGAAGAGAGGAGAGGAUGAACCAAUGGCGGUCACCCUCGUUUGGGGUGUCAUCCCCUCAGACAACAAGGAUCUUUUCAGUCCCACGGCCAGUGGAUCGCUGGCAAUGGAUCCGGACUUUAACAUGAGCAGCCCAGAGGCCCAAGUGUGGUUGCGAGACUUGUGCGGAAGAAUCCAAAACCAGAGCUUCUAUUCGGCAUCGCUGUCUGACCAUGAGGCAUCCGAAGACAAUACCUGUUUUGUCAGACAGCUGAUUCACUGGGUGUCUAUUCGACGUUGCUCUGAAAAUGAGGAUGCGUUUAGUUUCUGUUGCAAUGAUAUUCCUUUCCCCUAUCCUCCAGGUGUUUUUGAGCAGUGCCUUGGAAUGAUGAUGGCAGAGCAGUAUGCAGAAGCUCAUUUGCCUAGAGAUGGUGGCAUCAGAUUUGAUUCGGACGGUCGGAUUGCUGCUCUAAUUGUAGCGUUUAAAACGUCACAGCUAUACAGCUUCAACUUCAGUCGAAUGACAAACUUCUACAAGGAAAUUUCGUCAUGGUUUCACGAGGAAAUGUCCAGUGCACCGCUAGGGCUACGGAGGGGAUGGUUUGUGAGUCAGUUAUCUUUGUACGACCUGCAACAAAGCCUGAGCUCGGAAACUUUGGAAGUGGCCGGGUUUUCGGUGGCCCUUACCUUUGCCCUUCUCCUGCUGACCACAUGGAAUAUCCCUCUCAGCAUUUAUGGUACUGCUGCUGUUGGGGGUAGUGUUUUUGCCACCAUUGGACUCCUUGUACUCUUAGAAUGGCAGCUCAAUGGUGUAGAAGCCCUCUUCAUAUCGGCUGCUGCAGGGUUGUCAGUUGACUUUGCAGCCAAUUACGGCAUUUCUUACAGUCUGGCUCCACACAAUGACAGACUAGGAAGAGUAGCACAUUCCCUUAAAAGAAUGGGUUGCCCUGUCGCCACAUGUGCGGGGGCGUAUUUCUGUGUGGGAAUAAUUAUGUUACCCUCAACUGCAUUGCUAUUCAGGAAGCUGGGGAUUUUUUUACUUCUCGUGAAAUGUGUCGCUUGUGGUUUCGCCACUUUUUUCUUCCAGUCGUUGUGCUGUUUCUUUGGCCCGCAGAAGAACUGCGGGAAAAUCAUUCUGCCUUGUGCAACAGAGAAAGUGACAGAAAAUAUUCUGUCUUCUUGCUCAGCCACAGAAGCAGGGGCUCCUAACCCCUCAGCUAAUGGGGCAUUUGGAUGCGGUGCCGGAUCUAGGGUGGAAAGGAAUUUCAAUAAGGAGAGCGGUGGAGGGUUUCUGUGUCCAAACCAACAACGCCACAGGCAAAGGCAGGCAAGGGGAGGGAUGGAGCCAGAACAGUAUGAGCUGCAGCCUCUUGCUUGUCAGCUGAGUGACAGCUUUGAGAAUAGCACUUGCACCAGCAAACUAUCCAACAGACCCUCCAUCCUUUCGGACGAUAUCCAGUUCUGUGGCCUCAGUUCCCGUGGGGACUACGACAGGAUCAGCAUAGAGGCUGACAGCGAGGAAAUGUGUAGCGGACCCCUCAAAGACUGCAACCCACCCCCAGCUCUCCAGACGUCCUCUCCCUAUAAAGAGAACAUGCUACGGCCUGUUGUGGUUCCCCUGGGGGACUUGGCCAAGGAGAGACUUCUAUGCAAGAAAUGUCGAGGGCAGUCGCGUAGCGCUGGCGUCAAAAUGUGGAACGCUUCGAUGUCAUCCUCUUCAAGCAUGGAAGAUAUCAUUCUUACCCAGACCAGGGAUACUGUCAAGAAGAGGUCGCUCUCUGUGGAUGGACCCACCAGCAUUGGUUCUUUUGAAUGCCAUUCUCACAAAAGACUAUUGUCGUGCCAGUCACAAAGCUCCAUUGAUGGACUCGAGGACUCCAACGAAACCUGCUUAAGUGACAUUGAACCUGCAGUCUCAGCAUCUCAGACUGAAACUGAAGGAGACUUGAGACCAGGUCACCUUAAUGGCAAAAGGGACACCCUACGGCUCUCCCUCAGGGAGACUGUUUUUGAGUCGACAGCCAAAGGGUCCGGAAGGUGGCGGACAAGCCAGUGUGAAAUGCCUGUGAUUUUGCCAAACAGUAAGCCAGACAUGCCUGAUGUUUGGAUCAAAAGAGAAGGCCGGACUGAAGACGAAAGCUGA